CGUCGUGCUCACUCCAGCGUCUCAGCUCGUCCCGCGGGAGAACAAUAACCGAAGCUAGAGGGGGCUUCCCAAGUCGCACCUUAUACCUGGGGCGCACCUUCCCGCUCUCGGGACAGGCGGGGCUAGCCCGCGGUCAGGUGGCUCCGCGGCCUGGCUGACGUGGCCGGGAGCCCGCCCUAUAUCAGGCGCUGGCGGGGCGAGUGCGCUUGAGCGAGGCCAGGCGCGGCAGGGGGGCGGAGGUGGCGAGCAGGUUGCGUGGGAGGCGGCCCUCGGUGUCUUCUGAGGGAGGAGUCGAGCAGCUGGUCCUCGGAGGCGAUGGCUGCAGAGAUGGAUCCCGACAGCGAGCAAGGUUUGCUGAAAAAAGAAACCAUUCCUGAAGUUGGAGAGGAUGCAGCUGCUUCAGUGAACGUUUUGUCUGAAGAAGAGCAGGAUGAACUCAGAAGAGAGCUUGCUAAGGUAGAAGAAGAAAUCCAGACUCUUUCCCAAGUGCUAGCUGCUAAAGAGAAAUAUCUAGCAGAAAUAAAGAAAAAAUUGGGAAUCAAUUCAUUGCAGGAGCUGAAACAGAAUCUCUCCAAAGGGUGGCAGGAUGUAACAGCAACACAUGCAUAUAAGAAGACUUCAGAAACAUUGUCUCAGGCGGGACAGAAAGCUUCUGCUGCUUUCUCAUCGGUUGGCUCUGCCAUAACAAAGAAGUUGGAAGAUGUGAAGAAUUCCCCAACUUUCAAGUCAUUUGAAGAGAGAGUUGAAAACUUAAAGUAUAAGGUUGGAGUAAACAAGCCUGCUGGGGGUGACUUUGGAGAGGUCUUGAACUCUGCUGCCAAUGCCACUGCCACAGAAGCUACUACAAAGCAGACAGAAGAGGAUGCUCAAUGAUUGUCUUGUCUGCUUCCUGCGAUCCACUGCCAGAUGCUGCAAGCAAAUGCUGAAGCACAACACCUCUGCUGUUGACUCUUCUAAGAUGUGCUUCUCUUUAGCACUUAGCUUUAUAGCUAUUUAAUAAGUAGUUUAUGUAGGCUCAGAGUAUUUUUUUGAAACUGUAAAAGACACUAUCUGCCUGUUACCUGCAGGAAGGAAAUCUUUCUGCAUUUUGAGUAUUUGAAAGACUUAUUCCUUGUCUAAAAUAAUCACUAAGAUACUGCAUUAUGAAAGUUAAGAAACUAAGAGCUUCAGCACUGUACAUGUUGGAUGCUGUGAAGAAUAGCAAUUGGUUAAUGUCCCACAAAAGUCUGUGUUCACUUCAUCACAAACACUGAAAAUGCUACAUCAAUCAUCCGCAUGAAAUACUUUUGAACUAGUUUUGUUGCAGGAACAUCCAGUGGCAGAAAAACACUGUCAGUGUCAGGUACCAUUGUAAACUUUGACUAAAUACAUCUGCAUGGUUAUAAUUGCUGGCACUGAAUCAAAUAGUUCCAACUAACAUACAACAUUAUUGUAGUGAGUUUAUCCUGAACAAAUUUAUAUUAAGUGUUUCUCCUAACUCUUCUCAGAUGAACAAUUUGUUCCUGGAUAGUGCAAGUUUGGUUAACUCAGUUUUGUCUGUAACUGUUGAUGGUUGCAAGAGUAAAAUGGAAUCGUUAGAUAUGAAGCCUGAUAAUAUGAACUUUGUAGGCUGAAAGUAACAGCAAAUGAAGUAGCUAAGAAGCAUCAUGCUGGUAAAGAAGUACCAUGUUAAAAUUUUAAAUUCUUCCUCAUGAAAGGAAACAAAGCUGGGCCAUGCUGUUUCUAGCACUUAAUCUGCCCCCCCCCGGGUCAUCAUUUAAAUGAUUGAAGUGUAUGGUACCAACAGUGCUUCUUCAUUCAUGUGGGUUGGUAAACGUUAAUUCUAGGUAAAUGCACACUGAAAUGGAGGCGAUAAUGUAUUUGGUUUCUGAAUUUGUACCAGUGGAAGAGAAGCUGGAUUCUUUAAAUUGGCAAGCAAUAUGAGAUCUAAAAACAUAAGAUUGCAUUUUGAUAUUGUAAUAAUUGGAAAGCAAUUAGGAAAAUUUUAAAAAUACAAACUAACCAAAUCUACUGCUGACCUUGUAAAAUGUACUCCAUUUUAUGUGCCUGUAUUAGAUAAUUUUCAGGAUAUUGUAGGAUGUAUAUUAAUCAAAGCAUGUUUUUUUUGUUUACCACAUUUAAUCACAGUGCUUGGAAUGAACCUGAACCCAUUCCCAAAAGAAGCAUUGUUAUUCAGUACAAAAAUGUCAUAUGUACCUGCACCCAACCACAAACUGCACAAAUGUCAUAUGUUCAAGCAACCACAAACUAAGUCUGUAAAACAAUUACAUGUGACACCUUUGGUUAGCAUUUCAAAUCAAAUGUAAAGAAAAUGAUUAAAAAUAAAGGCAAUGUAUUCUCAAGUGUAAAA